ACAAAUGUUUUGUUAGCCGGCUAGCGCUCACUGGCGGAAAUCAGGCAGUGUCGAACGCGAUCUCAGCACAAUCCGAAAUCAUCGGUGCUUCUGUAAAGACCAUCGACGCCCCAACUGCAUUCUUACUGCUUUGAAGUGUUUAUUUUUUUCUAGCCAAUGUUUUGUUUGGAAGGUUGUGGCAGGAUUUGAUUAAUUACGAAGCGAUUGAGUCGUGUUCCCUUGAGAUCAGAGCAGGACUGUCGUUGUCUCUGUGUGUGUACGCGCGGAUUAUUUCCUUUCGCUUUAUCCUAUUAACAGUCAUAAUAUCUAGUUAAAAUGGCUUGUGGGGCCACUCUUAAAAGGACUAUGGAUUUUGAUCCUUUGAUGAACCAAGCGUCUCCAAAGAGGAGGAGAUGUGCUCCCAUGUCCCCGUCCUCCUCCAGCGCCUCCCCGCAGAAGUACCUGCGCAUGGAGCCUUCGCCCUUCGGUAGAGUGUCUUCAGCCCUCACCACAGAACAAAUCUUGAGCAACAUCAAGCAGGAGUACAAGCGCAUGCAGAAGAGAAGACAUCUAGAGAACAGCUUCCAGCAGACAGACGCCUGCUGCCCCAUCGACUCGCAGCCGCACACCUCCAUCAGCAGCACCGUCACACUGCCAGGUGCCUCUGGAUCGGUGUCACCCUCCAGACGGGAGCAGCCGUUAUUCACGCUGAAGCAGGUGGGGAUGAUCUGCGAGCGUCUGCUGAAGGAGCGUGAGGAGAAGAUUCGGGAAGAGUACGAUGAGAUCUUGACAACCAAACUCGCAGAACAAUAUGAUGCAUUUGUGAAGUUCACCCAUGACCAAUUGAUGAGGCGUUUCGGGGAGCAGCCUGCCAGCUAUGUGUCCUGAGGGAGCCGUGCCGCGUCCUGUUCUUCUGUGGUUGCUGCCGUUCUCCAGUGGAUCUCUCUGCCUGUGUGACCUCUUGACACUCAGAAUUGGUCCAGCUGGCUUUCCCGCAGUGCCAAUCACAUCCUUUUCCCCACUGGGCACAGAGUAUGUGUCAGGCUUCUGUCUGUGCGUAUCUCUCUCUCUCUCUCUCUCUCUCUCUCUCUCUCUCUCUCUCUCUCUCUCUCUCUCUCUCUCUCUCUCUCUCUCUCUCUCUCUCUCUCUCUCUCUCUCUCUCUCUCUCUCUCUCUCUCUCUCUCUCUCUCUCUCUCUCUCGCAGCCGAGUGCUUCCUGCCAUCAAUGACCAUAUAUGGACCUCUGCAAACUAUUAUUCAAAUCAGUGGCUCUUGUGUCUCUCUUAUUGAACCCUGGAUAUUUAUUAGGCUUUAACGAUGCCUUUUAUACAGUCACCUGUCAUUUCAUCCUAGAGUUUUGUUUUUCUUAAAUUUUGAUGUUUAAUUUCAUGAAAUGCCUUCAUUCACAGCAAAUGAUGUUGAUUGCCAUGAUAAAUGUGUGAUGUUGAGAAAUGGGCGUAUCUUUGAGACUGCUGUUUAUAGCUUUGUGUAAAUACAUCCUGGCAUUCACUUGAAGUUUUCAUGUACAAAUCAUAUACAGCAUUUAUUCUGAUUGGAGUCUCUGUUCAUGGUUUGUAUUUAUUUUGGUUUAUUUUUUUCCCCUUUUGCAUUAUAGUUUUACUGCUCCUGUAGUUUAAAUGACUUUCUGUUGGGAAAAGUAUACCAAUAAACUGUUUACAUAA